AUGUACGUCACAAUGAUGAUGACCGACCAAAUUCCGCUGGAGCUGCCACCGUUGCUGAACGGGGAGGUAGCCAUGAUGCCUCACAUCGUGAAUGGCGAUGGAUCACAGCAGGUCUUUUUGGUUCAAGUUAAUCCAGGUGAAACCUUUACAAUAAGGGCUGAGGAUGGAACCCUGCAGUGCAUCCAAGGUCCAGCAGAGGUUCCCAUGAUGUCACCCAAUGGAUCCAUUCCCCCUAUUCAUGUGCCUCCCGGUUAUAUCUCACAGGUGAUAGAAGACAAUACCGGCGUUCGGAGGGUGGUGGUUACCCCCCAGUCUCCAGAGUGUUAUCCUCCUAGCUAUCCUUCGGCCAUCUCUCCAACCCAUCACUUACCUCCAUACCUGACGCACCAUCCCCAUUUUAUUCACAACUCUCAUACAGCUUUUUAUCCUCCUGUCACUGGACCUGGGGACAUGCCACCACAGUUUUUCCCACAGCAUCAUCUUCCCCCUACAAUAUAUGGAGAACAAGAAAUCAUACCACUAUAUGGGAUGUCCAGCUAUAUUACCAGGGAAGAUCAGUACAGCAAACCACAGCACAAAAAACUCAAAGACAGGCAGAUUGAUCGCCAAAACCGUCUGAAUAGUCCUCCUUCAUCCAUCUACAAAAGCCAUAUAGGCAGCUGCACAACUGUAUAUAAUGGUUAUGCAAAGAGCCACAAUGGAGCAAGCAGCGGAGGUGGCGGCGGAGGGGGGGCUCCAGCAGUAAAGAAACCGGAGCGCAGGGCAAGAAGCAGCCCAAAGUCAAAUGAACAAGACCCACAUGAAUUUGAUUCAGAAACAAAAAGGGUUCAAGACAUUCUUUCUGGAAUGGAGAAACCACAGGUUACAAAUAUUCAAGCAAGAACAGUUUUACUUUCCUGGUCACCUCCCACUGGCCUUCUAAGUGCAGAUAGACACAACAAUGGUUUGCCUUACACCUGUACCUACGAGGUUGCCUUAUCAGAUAAAGGGAGGGAUGGAAAAUACAAGAUAAUUUACAGUGGAGAAGAAUUAGAAUAUAACCUGAAAGACCUUAGGCCAGCAACAGAUUACCACGUCAGGGUAUAUGCAAUGUACAACUCAGUAAAGGGAUCCUGCUCAGAGCCAGUCAGCUUCACCACUCACAGCUCAGCACCAGAGUGUCCCUUCCCACCCAAACCCUCACACAGGACCAAAAGCUCCUUAACCUUACAAUGGAAGGCACCCAUUGAUAAUGGUUCAAAAAUCACCAGCUACCUUCUGGAGUGGGAUGAGGGAAAAAGGAACAGUGUUUUCAGAGAAUGUUACUUUGGAAGCCAGAAGCAUUGCAAGUUGACUAAGCUUUGUCCGGCUUUGGGUUACACCUUCCGAUUAGCAGCUCAGAAUGACAUCGGUACUAGUGGGUACAGCCAGGAGGUGGUAUGCUACACUGCAGGUAAUAUUCCUCAGACCCCUUCUGCACCAAGGCUUGUUCGAGCUGGUGUUACGUGGAUCGCAUUGCAGUGGAAUAAAGUAGAAGGAUGUACACCAGAGGAAGUGAUUUCCUACACCCUGGAAAUUCAGGAAGAAGAUAAUGAUAGUGUGUUUCACCCAAAGUACACUGGAGAGGAGCAAGCCUGUACUGUGAAGAAUCUCAGAAGAAGCACGCAGUAUAAAUUCAGGCUGUUUGCUUCUAACGUGGAAGGAAAGAGUUCUCCCAGCGAAGUGUUGGUCUGUACAACAAGCCCAGACAGGCCAGGACCUCCAACCAGACCCGUUAUUAAGGGGCCAAUAACUUCUCACGGCUUUAGUGUGAAGUGGGAUCCUCCACAGGAUAAUGGUGGUUCGGAAAUCCUGAAGUAUCUAUUAGAGAUUUCUCAAGGAAGUCCGGAAGCAAAUCAAUGGGAAGUGGCAUAUAGUGGAUCGGCUACAGAAUAUACCUGUACUCACUUGAAACCAGGCACUUUGUACAAACUCCGGGCAUGCUGUAUCAGCACUGGUGGACACAGUCAGUGUUCUGAAAGUUUACCUGUCCGUACGCUAAGUGUUGCACCAGGUCACUGCCGGCCACCAAGAGUUUUGGGGAAGCCGAAGCACAAAGAAGUACAGUUACAAUGGGAUGUCCCUCUGUCAGAAAGUGGCUGUCCCGUUUCAGAGUACAGUGUAGAAAUGACAGAACCCGAAGAAGUUGUUUCUGAAGUGUAUCAUGGGCCUGAUCUGGAGUGCACCGUCAGCAACCUUCUUCCUGGAGCAACAUAUCGGUUCAGAGUGAGAGCUCUGAAUGAUGGUGGGUACGGGCCAUAUUCGGAACCUACAGAAGUCACCACGGCAGCAGGACCGCCUGGCCAGUGCAGAGCACCUUCCCUCUCCUUUCUGUCUGACACACGUGUACUUGUAAGCUGGGAGAGUCCUGAAUGUUCUGGCGCUGACAUCUCUGAAUACAGAUUAGAGUGGGGAGAAGAUGGGGAAUCUCUACAACUUGCAUAUAGUGGCACAGAUACCUGUUUUGAAAUAAGUGAAUUGUCAGCGGCGGCGCAUUACUGCUGUAGGCUACAGGCUAUUAACCAGGCAGGAGCUGGACCCUACAGUGAGCUGGUAACCUGCAAAAUGCCAGCAUCUGUGCCUGAUGCAGUCUCUACUCUCUCCGUGCUGGAGGAUGAGCACAUGGAUGCCUAUCAGCUCUCACCCUCUGUGUGCCUUGUACUGAACUGGGAAGAACCAUGCAAUAACGGAGCUGAGAUUAUGUCAUACAACAUUGACCUGGGUGACAUCAGCAUUCCAGUAGGAAAUGUUACAAGUUACGUUAUCAAUGAUUUGCUUCCAGAAACCUCAUACCGGAUCAGGAUCCAGGCUGUCAAUGAAAUUGGAGCUGGACCAUUUAGCCAGUUUAUUAAAGCAAAAACCAGGCCGUUACCACCCUUACCUCCUCGGUUAGAGUGUGCUGCAGCAGGUCCUCAGAGCCUGAAGCUAAAAUGGGGAGACAGCAGUUCCAAGCUUCACGCUACCGAUGACAUGGUCUAUAUCUUGCAGAUAGAAGACAGAAAUAAAAGGUUUAUUCCGAUUUAUAGGGGACCAAGUCAUACAUACAAGAUACAGAGGCUGACAGAAUCCACUUGUUACUCGUUCAGAAUACAGGCGGUCAAUGAUGCUGGGGAGGGACCUUUCUCAGAAAUAUGUACCUUCUACACAACCAAGUCAGUCCCACCUGCAAUCAAAGCCCCUCGAGUGACACAGCUGGGAGGAAACGCCUGUGAAAUUACCUGGGAAAUGGUCCCACCCAUGAAGGGAGAUCCUGUCGGUUAUGUUCUGCAGGUACUGGUUGGAAGAGAAUCUGAAUACAAGCAGGUGUACAAGGGAGAAGAGACCACAUUCCACAUCUCAGGCCUUCAAGUCAACACAGACUAUCGGUUUCGCGUCUGCGUCUGCCGCCGGUGCUUGGAUACCUCACAGGAACUUAGUGGACCUUUCAGCCCAUCCGUUGCCUUUAUGCUUCAGCGAAAUGAGAUCAUGCUUGCAGGAGAAAUGGGAAGCAUAGAUGAUCCUAAGAUAAAGAGCAUGAUUCCUACUGAUGAACAGUUUGCAGCCCUCAUUGUUCUUGGCUUUGCAAGUUUGUCAGUUAUAUUUGCCUGUAUAUUACAAUACUUCUUUAUGAAGUAGAGAAUUCAAUGGAAGUUUGAGAUACAAAUUUAACUAAUGCUACGCAUUAUAAUCCACACAUUUAUUCAGAUAUUCCUUUUUUUGAAAUCCUUUUGUUCUACCAUACAUUUUAUAUACUUCUCUUGUUUUUACAGUUCUAGCUUGAAGAAAGAUAAAUCAGUGUUUUGAUGCACCUUUUUGAAAUUCAAAACUAGGAAGUGGUCAAACUGGAGAAACAAGCAAACCAGAUACCAAAAGCAGGAUUUUUUUUUUCCUUCACAGUUUCAAAAUUGUCACCAAUUUGCCUUUUCAAUGUUGUUUUGUUUUUUUCACUGAAGUUCGUACAGUCUCUUAUUUUAUCUUACUAUUUAGAAAAUUUUAAUAAUGAGUCACUUUUUUGUCUCUUCUUUUUCCUUCUAAACAUUAGUCACAAGUGUGUAUAGUGGUAAGACUAGAAUACAGUGUUAGUCAACAGUACCAGGUUUUCCUUGAACAGUAUUAGCAGUAUCGCCUAUGAAUUAUUCACUACAUUUGCCCCAGUUUUUUCGAGGUAAAACAUAAGUUGUUAUUUUAACUGUUUUGUGCAUUUAAAUCAGAACAAUAUCCUGCAGUCAAAAAACCUUUUUAAUUAUCUGUUAUUUUUACAGUUACAACACUAUAAACUGCCUGUAUAAGAAAUCAAAUAACCAAACUGCAUAUAAAUUAUGAAGCAUUAUAGAUUUUUUUACCAUUUUGAUUCCUAGCAGUAAUUUUAAGUAAGAGGGCAUUGUGCAAUAGUUAGUUAUUCCCAUGUUCAGCGAUUUAAAAGCUGCUUUAACUUGUCUGUUUGUCACUGUAUAUAACUAUUCCUAAUCUAAUACUAGAUACUAUUCUAUUAUGUUCAGCCUGAUUUAUAUGAUUAUAGAGCUGGUGACAGCUUACUGCCUCUACUGAAUUAGGUGAGAUUUACACUCGAUGUAAGCAAACUUCACUGUCAGUUGAUCUUUUUUUUUUAAUUAUUAUUAUUAUUUUUUGGAGGGGUAUCCAUUUUAUGGAACUUUUUUGGAGGUAUCAGAAAUGAGAUCUGUUUAUUUUAAAUACCUUAAAUGGGUGUCUGUGCUAUUCUUGCCACAGGGCUAAUUGAAAUAACUUGGUACAUGGCAAAAUUCAGAUGAGUCUCCUGCGUUGAUGGGAAUGUCCCCCCUCCUCCUGCCUGCCCCUUCCAAGAUACACAUUUUAAUCCAUCGAGAUACUAGAAUUUUAACUCUUCAAUCAUUGGAUUAUUUAUAUUAAGUCAACAUUGUGCGAGUACCUCAGGGACAUAAAUGAGCUGGAGGUGCAAAUAGAUUCCAAAAGGGUGCAACAGACACAGUGUAUUUCCCUGCCUCUUGUUUUUGUAUAUUUUUGCUACUUGGUUUUGCUUUUGUCCUAGCUAUUUUGUGCUCUGUCUCCAUUGUCUAAGAUUCAGUGUCCUGUACUAGCAUAAUAUUCCCUUAACCAAAGUAAUGGGGAAAAAACAACAUUAUUUUUGUUUUAGGUUUAUUUAUACUAUAUACUGCAUACAGUACUUUAAAUACCAAUUACAGUGCAAUCUUUUAUUUAUUGUAAAAAAAUAAAAAAUAAAAAGUGUACUUAUGUACUAAUCCCCCUCCCCACCCUCCCCGUAGCAUGUUAUAUUUUGUCUGUUUUAUACUGUUGUACUUUAGGUCAACUUUUUACCUGGCAGCAUUCCUAGUAUUAUUAAUCUUCUUACAUUUUCUUGUGUUUCUGAAGAUGGGAGCAUCUAGUACAUUAAAUGCCAAAAAAACCAUUAUCAGUGAUUCAAACGUUUACAUGUAUCCAAAAACAUAAUCAUCUCUGGAAAGGAAGUGCUAAGAUCAAUGAAUUAUUCUGUGUGCCUCUCUAGAUGUAGCAAAUAUUAGAAAUGUUCUGUAUUUUGUUAUUGACUAUAAUUAGUUUAAUUUAGCCUUGCAAACUAAUGGCAUUGAGCUAAAUAUAUAUAUUUUUUUGUUUUUGCCAAAGUCAUGGCUUGUCAAAUUUAUUUACAUCUUAUUUAAAUUUAUUUGUGAUAUGAAACUUUGUGACCUUGCAUCUGUAUUUUGUGAGCAAAGCAUAUACAGCUGUCUUCAAUGGAGGGGGAAAGAGCGUAUUUUUUAAAACAAUGAAAAGACCGCUAGUUUGGAAGCCCAGAAAUUUGAACAGAUUCCCUUUUUUUAUUUUUGGAAUAUGGUUUCAGCAGUGCUGCUAUGAAAUCCAAGCUUGACACCUUUUUAAAAAAACCUGCUCUAAUAAAAAAAGAAAAAAAAAACCCACCUUGCUUUAGAUGAUUUGAUCGAUUUUGAGAGUUUGAAAUACAAAUGAUACUAAAAGCAGCGAGCAGAAGUGCAGAAAAAAGCAAUCGGUUACACUUGAAGCGUUUCUGUCAUUGCCGAUUUGCUUGGUGUCUCUUACAAUCACACUAACGAGAGCGCCCCGUCCAACCCUUGCGCUGAGGACAUCAGAGCAAGUAUUCUGUAGGAGUUGGGACAGGCCCUAAAUAAGUUAAUUUGACAUUCUUUUAGUUUGUAUAUUCCGCCAUAGUGAUUUGAUCGUCGUUCGUAUAUUAACAACAAAAUAAAGCAUCACAGACCUUAAACCAUUCCUGUUCUGAUUUCCAUUACCGCUGACCCACCGUUUGCUGAUGCCUUGUCUUUUCCCAUACAUCUUUAUGCCCUUUGGUCCAGCAAUACCAGGCAUGAAUCCAACCCGAGGGCUCUCUGCUCUCAAAGGAAUUAUGAACAGCAACAACAAAAAAGGUGGAAUGAAAGACUAAAUAUUUAAAACCCUUAAGGAAGGAGAGAGCUGUUUUUAUAUCGUUCUGCCUUUUUCUUUAUGAACUUGAAAUGUUUUCUAAUCCUGUUUGUUGGCUACGGUAGCUCAGUAUUCGGUGUCACGAUUGAAAAGUGCCCUAACUGAAUGUGUAUGAACCUUAUCCUUGCACAGUUCUUUAAAUUGAAAAAAUUAAAAUGUUUUUACCUCACUAUGGGAACAUACAUUCCAAGCUUUUCAACUUAAAAAAAAAAAUAAUCAUAAGUUUUCUUGUAUUGUAAAUUUUAGACUAUUUCAUAUGCAUUGUAUUAAAACUGCCAUAUCAAUUUUAAUGUAUAGAUUUUGCAAAUACUACACUAUGUAUGUAAGACUUAACUGUAUCUGUAGUGUAUAUGUAAUAUAUUUAUGCCCAAUAAAUGUUUUAAUU